UACGACGUUGGAAGCUUGCAGAAAAAUUUCUAUCAUGACGAAAGGCGCCUUGCUGCAGUGAUUAUUUCUGAUGAAGACGGAACAAUAAAUGUGGAGGGAGUUAUUGGACCUAACCUGAAAAUAAAACCUACUGAAAGCGCUGAACGCUCUGAAAAUGGACGUAGGGCACAUAUCAUAGAAGCCAUUGAAGACGGCGAUCCUGUCCAUAUUUAUGGUAAACUAAGGGAAGAUGAAGUUAAAGUCCAUGAGCGGGCCGCCAGUGGGAAAACUGGUUUUGAUUCAUGUGAACUUACGGUACCGCACGGUUCACUCACCUAAGAUUCAGCUUGUGUUGCGAGGAAUCGAACUGAGCCAUGCUACGCAUUUGUGGCAUCCGUCUGCACUGACCACCGGGUGCAGCUUGGCGAAGACAAGGCAAACACAGUACAAAGGGAUUCGCAUCACAGCACACGAAGUGGCGCACACGUUGGGAUGCUCGCAUGACGGCACGUCUGCUCCUGGUCUCGCGAAAACAUUUGUACCCGACUCUUUAGGAUGUCCAUGGGAUGACGGCUACAUUAUGAGCUACAAGGAAGAAGACAGCAGGAGUAUGAAGUUCUCUUCUUGCUGCCAGUACGAUAUGGCCCGGAUGUCAUGGUCAUAUGAGGGCUGGUGUUUGCAUACAAACGAUUCCAAGAACAUGGGGUCCUGGAACUGCAUGGUUUAUUGCUUUGUACCAGGAGAUCAGUAUGGAGGAGCUGAUUAUCGCUGGCCUAUGUACCUUAUAGAUGGGAGCCCUUGCGGGCCGCAAAAUCGCAGUAUAUGUAUAAACGGAGAUUGCGUCCCGGACAGGAGACGCAGAAGGCCACGGAGAAUUUCGUACCUGGAAAAUAAAAUGAAAAAUUGA